AUGGCUUACAGAAGGGAGAGUAUGCGGAAUGGGGGCGACGUAUUUCGCAAAAUUCGCGACGUCUUCACUUCUCUGAAUGACAAAUUGGAGAAAGACGUGCGGGAGCAUCUGCGAGCUGUUUACGGAACUUUAGCAUUAGGUUUAAUGACAGCAACCAUUGGAAUUCUGCUGCAUUUGUGCAUCGACUUUCUUCGUGAUAACUUUUUCCUAUUGUUUGGUUCUAUCCUACUGAUGAUAGCACUGUUAAAGACCCCACAUAAUGUUCGUAACGAACGUAAACGACUUGGGUAUUUCAUCGCUUUUUGCGCCCUUUCUGGUAUGAAUUCUGGUCCGCUCAUUGAGAAAGCUUUAAUGGUCGAUCCAUCAACUAUUCUCACUGCGUUCCUUGCCACUGCUGUCGUUUUCAGCUGUUUCACUAUGGCAGCGCUGCAUGCACCUUCCACAAAGUUUCUGCACCUUGGAGGGAUCAUUACUUCGGGGCUAUUUUUCAUUAUGAUCACAGCGGUUUUUUCACAUUCUGUAUUUAUGCAUACCACCUGCCUUUGGUUAGCGUUUGUGAUUAAUUGCGCCCUGGUACUUUAUGAUACGCAAUUAAUUUGUGAGAAGCGUCGUCGUGGUGACACGGAUUAUAUAUUGCACAGCAUCGAACUUUUCAUAGACUUCAUCAACCUUUUCCGCUAUAUACUUGCUGUUCUUAUUGAAAAGAAGAAGAGAGCGGACCGUAAAAGAAACGACUGA